AACACAAUAUCAAAAUUCCAUUUUUGUCCUCCAUAAAUUUUAACAGUUGAUUCCCCUUCUUUUUCGUAUUGCUUCAUAAUUCUCCGAGCUCUCUAUCGUUCUCUGCAAACUCACCGCCUGAAUUUUACCAAUAUUUACAGAAGCCAUUACCUUUCAGGGUGAAGUAGGGCACAUUGUGGUGUCGGAGGAACUGGGAUUUUAUAGGUUACUGUUUGUUUUUAGUGAGAGAAUAUCUGAAUGGAUUCAAGUUCGAAUGCUCCGGAGUUUGAUUACUUGUUCAAGUUGUUGAUGAUUGGAGAUUCUGGUGUUGGGAAAAGUAGUCUCCUUUUGAGUUUCACUUCUGACACCUUUGAAGAUCUCUCCCCCACCAUUGGUGUUGAUUUUAAAGUAAAAUUUGUGAAUAUUGGAGGGAAAAAUCUGAAACUUGCGAUGUGGGAUACUGCUGGUCAGGAGAGAUUUAGAACAUUGACAAGUUCAUACUACAGAGGGGCCCAAGGGAUCAUUAUGGUCUAUGAUGUAACUCGACGAGACACAUUUACCAAUCUCUCUGAGAUAUGGGCUAAGGAAAUUGAUCUAUAUUCAACAAAUCAAGAUUGCAUCAAGAUGCUUGUUGGAAACAAGGUUGACAAGGAAAGUGAUCGGGCGGUGACAAAAAAGGAGGGCAUAAACUUUGCUAGGGAAUAUGGAUGCCUCUUUAUUGAAUGCAGCGCUAAAACCCGUGUUAAUGUACAACAAUGUUUUGAAGAGCUUGUUCUAAAGAUUUUAGAUACACCCAGCCUAUUGGUUGAGGGUUCCAAAGGUGUAAAAAAGAACAUCUUUAGUGAGAAGCGGCCACAACCUGAUGCAUCCACUAGCAGUUGUUGCUGAUUUAUUCUCAAUUAUCUUUCAUCUUUUCCAGAUCUCUAACCUAUAGUGGUAAUGGUGAUCUCUCACCUGAUUCUGAAGAAAAUGUUUUUAUUCUGUUGUUUUUUUUUCUACAGGAACUGGAAGUUUCAUGUAAUAUAGUAUUCUUGUGAUGCUGUUAUUUUCACGCUCUGUUUGAUACAUUGAACUUCUUCUGAUGAAUGAUGACAAAUUGAAGUUUGGAAACAAAA